CGGGCUUUACAUCCUGGAGCUUUCUCGCCCGCCACUGUAUAAAGCUUGGCUGUAGGGCCAGAUCAUUCACACUGGAUUGAAAGCCAAAACGACUUUAAGACCUUUUCCAACAACUACACAAAGAAGAUGAGCAUCACAUCGUCCUUUGGUUUGCUUUGUGUGCUGAUGUUAUUUCACUCAGGAUUUACAGAGCGUAUCCGGUAUACAAUAACUAUUAGAACAGGUAAUGUUGCGGGCGCUGGGACCAAUGCGAGAGUUUUCAUUAUUCUGCACGGAACUAGAGGCUCCACCGGCAGGAUAGAUCUACGGUACCAUAACAGAAAAAGUUUUGAGAAGGGUAUAACCGACAUUUUCACGGGCUCUGAAGAAAAUGUAGGAUAUAUAAAUUCAAUUACAAUUGGACACGACAAUUCUGGAUGGAGACCAGGCUGGUUUCUAGUAGAUGUGCGCAUUACUCAGCACGUGACACCUAGUCUUGAGUUCUUGUUCAACUGGAACAACUGGAUCGCCACUACCGAGCUAGAUGGGACCAUUGUCAAAACUAUUUCAGCUUCACGCUAGAAGAAGCACCAAACACACCUGGGAGACAGUUUGUGAACUAAAACUCUUAACUUGACGAAUUCAUUGUUUUAAAGUUCAAUAAGUUUAGUAUCAACAUGUUGUUAGGUAGAGUU